GGUGCAUGACCAGUGCCCCGCCUCUGCAGGGCUAGGGAUGCAAAUAGUACCUCUAGAGGUAUCAUUUUACACUUGAUCCUUUGGGUAGAGAGGAGCAGUCAUCAGAUCACAGCAGCUCUUUUACCAUGAAAAGCUGGGUCGUCACAGACAAUAACAUUCAAUAGGAUCAGUCAACCAAUCGACGCCACCAUCGCUGCUACAGCUAUGCCCAUCGCAGAUCUUUUGGGAGUCCAGUUCGACAUGCAGCUGCUGUUGAAAUUGAGUAUUUCUGCGGCUGCAGUGCUGCUGGUGUCUUGGGCCUACAGGUUCUACAGCUCCAGGGACGCACAGAAAAUUCAGCCAUGUGUCAAAGACAGCAAAGAGCCGCAAAAUGCAACCUGCCAAAACUGCAAGUCGACGCUACCAUGUCAGCGCUCACUACAACAUGACGCCGAUGAUGGGGGCGAGCGAUCCAGACCCUUGCGCACAGACUCAGCCACUGAUGACCCGACAUCUGACUGCACCAAGGAAACACCGGCAGAAACCCAUCCACACCAAGCUGAAAAGGAUGCAUUUAGUUUAUCAUAUAGUGACCAAGAUAUCAGCAUGGAAGGAGAGAUACUCACUCAUCAGACGCAGCCAGUGGUUGCCACCAGUAAUAUUUCAUUUGGAUCUGCUUUGAACCUUCCUGAUCCAGCAGAGAGUGGAAUGGCCUGUACAACGGGACGCCGCUCCCCUUGCUUUUUGCAGAAGCUGGAGGGCAGUGUGGGUGUGGGCAGGGAGUUGAGGCAGGACUUGGAGCGCCAGGGAGCCUACUCCAGCUUCCUCUCCAAGGCAGAGAUCAAAGUGGAGGAUGCUAACGUGGUGCUGGAAGGAACAGGAGACCAGAUUGUGCGCGGAAAGAUAUAUGAUUACUAUGUUGAGUCUUCGUCUCACUCUAUUACAGACUCAAACACUGUGCCGGGUCAGUACGAGAGGAACUCUGAGCCACAGCCAGUGGAGUUUGGAAAUCAUGGCAGCAGGCUAACAGAAUCUCCUUCCUCUCUGAGCCCCAUCAUUAUGCGCGAUCUGGUUUUACCACAAAGUACUGCUGAGGAUCCCUCCUUGCUUGGAAGCCUCAAGCUGAGGCCCCCUGCAAAGCCCGCACUCCUACGCAAGGAGAGCUAUCUGUCUGCAGCAGAGCAGUCUGAGCUUUCCAUCCCUUUUGUAACUUCAACAGCCUCAACUCCAAUGAUUCACUCUCUGGCCUCAACCAGCAAUGAGUCCAUGUCUGUUCGCCGUAUGAUCAGUCCCUCUACAGAAGGCCCUAAUUUGAGGGAGGGGGCUGAUCUAGAGACUGUAGCAGGAGCUCUAUUUUUACACCUUCCAGCAACGACUCUUGACGGCACAGAUAUCGAAAGCUUGAAGAGUAAGCUCGAUCUGGGUAACUGUUUGGAGACGCUGUACCUGGCCAAAAAAUAUGGCCAGACGUCUGUGCAGCAAGCAGCCCUUGGGGUCAUGUCAGACAACUACCUCCAGGUGCUCAGGGACCCCAACCUUUAUGGGCGGCUAAUGGCUGGCGAGCGGGAACAAAUCCAGAAGCAGAGAAUAAGGGGGAGAAGGUUCAUCAUGGUGGCAGACAUGGACCCUCAAGACUGGGCAAGGAACACAGGAGUGCAGACAGCAGAAACAGAGCAGAAGAGGACAUCCAGUGCAGUGUACUAUUAUGAUGACUACAAAGACUCCUGGCAUACACUCUGCCUGAUCCCUCAGGAGGUCAUCUCUAAAGCCUGUGCCAUGUGCACAAUGGAUAACUACUUAUUUGUGGCAGUGGGCUGCCAAGGCACAGACAGAGAAAUGACACCCUCAAAGCGAGUGUUUUGCUACAAUCCUCUGACAUCAAUUUGGAAGGAGAUCAGUCCUAUGAAUGAAGCCAGACCCUGCUGCAAACUGGCAGCACUGGAGGGCUACAUCUACGCCAUCGGAGGGGAGUGCCUCUCCUCGGUGGAGCGCUACGACCCACGACUGGACAGAUGGACAUUUGUGGCUCCACUGCCUGAUGAUACAUUUGCUGUGGCACAUCAUGUCACGGUGUGCAAUGGAGAGAUUUUUGUUUCCGGGGGAACUCUUAGAUAUAUGCUGCUGCGCUACAGCCCCAAAACCGACACCUGGAGGCCAAGUCUGUUAGUAAGCAGCAAAGACAGAACGGCAGAUAUGACGGCUGUGGGGAGAUUUCUGUAUCGAUUUGAUGUUAACCCACUGCUGGGUGUCAGCGUAUACCGCUACCAUACGGUGGCCCGGCUGUGGUACGAGUGCAGCACAAAACGGCUCCUGCACUGCCCUGCCUUCCAGUGUGUCACGAUGGACAACACAAUUUAUUGUGUCAGCCGCCAGUUCACCAUGAGGUUCGAGGCUGAUGAGAUCUCCCCUGCUUUCACAGAUGAGAAUUUGAGUGUCCUCUCUGAGGCGAAGGGCAUACUUUUCCCCUUUGUCCUUUCACUCCCUGAUAAGAAGCCUCGGCAGACCAGUGUGUAACGAGGAUUCAGUUUUCCAUUGAUGAUAAGAUUAGGUGGUGAUGGAGUGUACCCUGAAUCAUGCUUUACGUCACGUUUCCUGUUGACUGAGUGGGUUUUGCCCCAAAUGUUAUUGAAAAAUUGUAACCACGGUGUUGUCACUUCUUUCACCCUUUCACAAAGCUUCUGUUUCUUAAAAUAAUUCAUUUUCUUGAACUGGGUAUUUGCACAAAGAAAUGUAUGUUUCUUAUGUCGGCCCCUGGCAGUACAUGUAAAGUAUUAGACGCUUAAUGGUAGUCAAACUACUGUUUGCUUAGAUUUACGCAGGAUGUGCUGCCAUGUAAAUUGUUUGCUUCUUUGAUUUGCCACUCUUUCCUGCCAUUAAGUUAGUUUUAUAUCAUUCCAGAUGCUUAACCUCUUUAGCUGUGGUGAUAAUUCAUAACUACGUCUCACAGUAAAUGAGUGCAUUCAACUCUAACACAUUACAUUUGGGCAAUACAGUGAUAAUCUAUCACUGUGCGCCACUGUGUAGGGCACAAAUAUAACUUACACAGUGGCCUGAAUACGACGCAAUUAUCUACAGUUGCUCUUUAAACAUGACAGGAUGUAAAUGGGUAUGUCAUGCAAUAUAAAUAUGUGAGCUUCCACAAGCAUUCAUCACAACUUUUGAAAAUCUCCCAACACUUGUAGUCGCUCUCCUUUUGGUGGCCAGGAAGAAGUGUGUUUGUUUUAAUCUUCACUGAGCAGAUUCUUUGUUCAUCGCACCACAUAAAUAAA